GAAUCAACGCGCUAAGAACUUUUAUUCGUAAAGUGAUACCACACUCUUGCCAUAAUCAUGUCGAAAGUAAAGAACUUAUUGGCCAAAAUGCUGCAGCGAUUUGGCAAAAACAGCUCACAUGCCGACAGUCAGCGGUACGAUAGCCUGGAGGAGAUUGCCCAGAACCAGGCCAACGAGAGGAUGCUGAGGGCAACUCAAGUGGGAUUGGAGGAGCACCUCGUCAUCUGCUUGGAGACGGAAGCGGGCAGCUUCUACUGGCACUCGCAGUAGCAGCAAACGAAGGAACACCACCUGCCAGACAAAUCUGAAAUGAAUCAGUGCUGAGAACCAAAACAUCCGAUUACGAAAUUGCUCUCAUGUCAACAACCGCAAUUAUAGUAAAUAGUUAGUUGCAACAGGAGGAGCUGCACUACAAAAGACGAAGCAGCUAACCUCAAUGACUACUAUUAUUAGUAGCAUCUUCAACAUCAAAAACUAUAACAUUAAAUCCAGCAAUAUAACAAGGAAUGAUUUGGUUGAAACACCCAACUGCAAUUAUAAUUGCAAUGUCAACCAGUUACACCUCAAAAAAAAAGCUACAAGCCCACCAGCAACAUCAGCAACGGCAAACCACGAAGCAACCGCAACGUUGCCAAUAAAAUCAACAAUACCUUGUCAGAAAGCGAGAAUAUUAACAGCCGAAACAGUAGCAGCCACAUAAACUAUAACAAUUGCAGCAAUGCCAACAGUAGCAACAUCUUAAGAAAUCAAAGCAUCGAUGACAACAACGGCAGGCAGCACAACAAUCUCAAGACAACAGCGGCAACAUCAUCCAAAGCCACAACUUCAUGGAACAAAAACCGGUAGUUAGAUGCGACCAAAGCGACUGAAUGGAUGAAUGAAUAAUACAAAACAUAUCAUUCGAUGAAUGAAUGGAGCUGACGAACGAUCGUGCGAAUCGAAUUGCGUGCCAGCAACAAGUAUCCAACUAGUCCGGAGGAUGCCACUCAGACAUCCUCUCCAGUUGGAGACCUCCAAUGGUUGCCAAUGAUGAAUAUUAAAUACCUUUGUGAUAUGAACUCAAGCUAGUUAGUGUAGUAUAAAUGUUAUUAGCUUAUAAGCAAAUAAAUUAAAAAGAAAUC